AUGGACGACGAUUUAGAGAAAAGAGGGAAGGUUUUGUUGUGGGAUUUGCUCGUGAAUGAUAACGACGAUGUGUGUUUCAAACACGUGCUUCCGAGAUUGAAUUCGAACGAUGUGAAAUUCUUGUACGGAGUGAAUAGUGAAACGAGAAAGUUGAUUGAGAGAUCGUCUCGCGCGAGCGAUUUGAAAAAGAGGUUUAAAAUAGAAGAGAUGUCGUCGAUAUCGACUUUGGAAGUUGCGUGGGAGCAUAAAUCGUUGUGGCCGAGUUGGUGGCUUUCGUCAUCUUUCUGCGAGCAAGUUGCUAAAACGAAUAAACUCGAGUUGCUCAAGUGGAUACGAGAGGAGAAAAAGUGUGAGUGGGAUGUAGGGACGAUUAAUGCGGCCGUAGGACAAGGUAAUCUGGAAAUGGUCAAGUAUUGUGUUGCAAAUGAGUGCCCUAUCAAUUGGUCUGCGUGUGGAUGCGCUGCCUCAGGAGGUCGUCUCGAGAUACUCAAAUACUUACGCGAAGAAGCCAAAGCGCCUUGGGGUUCUUGGACUGCCACGAGAGCGGCUUCAAAUGGUCAUCUUCAUAUACUUGAAUAUCUUGUUGAGCGUAAGUUUGAUGAAUUAGAAGAUGCGUGUGAGUUUGCGGCCAAGAACGGCCACUUGGACUGUUUGAAGUACUUACACGAAACCGCCAAAGCGCCUUGGGACUAUUUGGCCGUGCGAGAAGCGCACGACUACAACGAAACCGAAUGUGUACAAUACCUCCUCGACAACGACUGUCCAUUACCAGAUGGUUGGCGAUACGAGCACGGAGAGUUACACGUGCUCGUAGAAUCAGAAUCAGAAUCAAGUUCCGAUUAUAGUUUAUUUUAG